UGAUCAAUUUUAUUGAUAACGUUGGAUACUAAAAAAUUUAAAAUGUUAAACUUUAUUGAACAUAGACAAUAAAUCUGAAUGAUUGUGUACUUAACUAACCUAAAGGUUAUCUUUAGUUUUGUUUAUGAUUUUUAAUUUUUCAGAUUUAUGAAUCUAAACCAUGGAGACAUAUUACGUAUGCAAUGGAAAUCUAGUGAGACAAGAUUCUGAAAUCGGUACCUACCUAAUUAAAUUUAUAAUUUUAUUUUUAGUGAAAAACGUAACAAUUUUAUGGAUUUUAGAUAAAGAUUUUUUUGUCAUCGAAGAAGCAUUUGAAUCAUAUGAAAAUCAAAACAGUAAUCAUGAUGAACCACUAGAACAUGAAACAGAUCUUCAAGUGGCUCGUAAUUAUUCUUUUUACAUUUUACAAUGUUUUCAUACAUUACAUCAUUUAUAUAGACAUGAAAUUAAAUAAUUUAACUUUAAGUAUAAUAAAAAUUGUAAAGCAAUAGAUAAUAGUUUUAAAACUACAUUUUAUUACAAGAUACCAAAAUUCAAUUAGGUUUUAAAAUCUUAUCAAAAUGAGGUAUUUUUUUUUUUCUAUCAACAUACUUAGUUUUAAACAAAAGAUAUGACACAGUUAAAAAAAAAAACAACCGAGGGAGAUAGUUGGUAUCAAAUGAUCUAAUUUAUGCAUUAGGAAAGUCAUUUUUCGAAAUUUCUUGUACUUAUGUUAAUAAUAAGGAAAAACUAACACCAAAUGAGCAACAUCAAUUUUUUGACUAAAUCUCCACCAUAAAAUAACUAAAAGUAGGUAUAUCAUAAACAUUUGAAACAGUUGCAACUUUCAAUUAUAUAAUAAAUAAAGUAAUAGUUGUUAUUAGUAUGAUAACUUAGUUUAAAAGAAAUAUAUUGAUACAAAUUUGAUUUUAUGUACAUAGGUAAAAGAACUUACCGAGAAUGGAGUCAAUAUGAAACAAAAAUUCUACUGGAUAUGUACAGACGAAAUGUAACUCAAGUAGGACCAAUGAAAAAAUUUAAAAGCAAAAGAGAAAUGUUCAAAUAUAUAGCACAUACAAUAUCUACCAAAUUAAACAUCUCUAGAAGUGCUCAUCAAUGUGAAAAUAGGUAUUAGUACUGAAACAAAUCUAGUUACUGGUCCAUGCAAAAAGUUUGGAUAUUAUACAUGUUAUAUUAAGUAACUCAAUAUUGCCAAUUAUUUGAAUAUAUUUAUCAUUGUCUUGUGAUGAUACCUACCUGUUGUCAACCUAAAAAUCCCAAGUUUGAAACCGAUUUCCGAUAUAUUUUUUAAAAAAUUUUUUCUAAUAUUUUAGAUAUUUUGAUUGGUUAAUCCAUACAAUAAUAACAUUUUGAAUGUUGGGCAGGUAACAGAAAAAACAAAUGCGUUUUGCAAAGAAACCCAUAUUUAAUAAUUAUUAUUGUGUGGGUACCAAUAAAAAUAUGUAAUACAUGCAAAAAAAUAAUUUAAGAAAAACAAGGUUUGAGAACUCGGAAUCUUUGGGAUGAUAUCAUGAUACCAAGUAUGCAUCACCAAUAGACUAUAAUAUACAGUGUGUGAAAGAAUCAAUAUUGAAUUAUUUAAUAUCACAUGUAAUAUCUGAACUUCAUAAGGCUAUAACUUUUGAAACUAAGACAGUCUGUUCAAUUCUGACUUCCUCAUCGUUCUUAACACAGCAAUGUACAUAAGAUCAAAAAAAAAGAAUGUAGAAAAAAUUGUAUAGACCAGUUACUAGAUUUAUAGACUUAUACCUUAGUACUUUAUAAUGUUAUGGAAUACAUACUGAAAAAUGUGCAAGUUCGCUUAAAAUUAUAUAUUAAUGGCAUUUAAUUUUAUCAUUGAACCAUUAUCAAUCGGGUUUUAUUACACAGAUUCAAAAUAAUCCAAUGAUUUAAUACUUAUUAGGUAUAAAACUGUAAUAAACCGACGAAAUGUUAGUCGUAAAUUUUUACGAAAAACCAUAUCUAAUGGAGGGAAAAAGUUAAAUGAAGAGGAAAGAUCUCAAAAAGCUGUAACAGCUUCAGUUUCAGCAGAUCACGAUUAUAAUAGACAGGACUCUGAAACUAAUGGUAAUAUUACAAAAAUUUAAACAAUUUUAAUUUCUUGUCUGUUAAUAAAUAUAUUGUUAAUCUUAUUCAUAUUUUUAAAUACUUAUGUAAUCAUGAAGUACAUUAUUGGCCUUAGAUCGUUGUACAAUGAAAUCUAUGAAUGAAUGGGGUGUAAAUGAUACUAAGCUACUAAUGGAAUUGUAUAAAAAAAAUAUUACCAAAGUUGGUCUGGAGAGAACAUUCAGGACUAAAUCAAAAAUGUUUGAACAUAUUGCAAAUGUUGUAAGUGAUACGCUUAAUAUCACUAGAACUGCUGAACAAUGUCAUAAUAGGUAUAUUGCAAUAUUUCAUUGGGUAUGGAAUUAAAAAUAGUGUGGUUAAUGAAAUAAAAUAAAUUGUAUAUGCAGGUAUAAAACUGUAUUCAGAAGAAAAACUUUUAAACAAAGUAGGUUAAGCAAUAAUGAUGACAUGUCAACAAAUAAUACAAUUAUAGGAAAUAAUGUAAAUAGUAAUAUUAAUCCAAAUUGUGAUACACAUGAUUUUGUUAGUAGUAAGUUAACAACAGCUUUAAUAUGUCUACUUUUAUUUCGCCUAUGACUUACAGUACAUUAAACAUAUUGUACAGAUUUAUGUGAAACUGAAUUUGACACAGAAAUGUAUUAUGGUCAGGCAUUAAAAAAAAAUGACAGGCUUCCCAAGUUAAUGCCCAAAUUACUACAAAAAUCACCAGAUAUUAGUGAAGAAACUGUGUUAACAAAGACUCUUAGAGAAAUUGCUGCUGGAAAAGAAAAGACACUAUUACAAAUAGCUGCAAACCAAGAGCGUGCAGAAGAACGAAGACAUCAGGAAACUAUGGCACUUAUCCGACAACUUGGUAACCUUUAAAUGUUGUUACUCUUUGAUUAUAAAAUAUUAUAAUAUGAUUGUUGUAAAUAACUUCAGGUGAAACUAUUGUCCAAUGUAUUGGAAAUCAUACAGGCGGUUUAACUGAGCAGCAUUAUUAAACAAUAACAGUUAUUUAGUUCUUAAUAUUAUGUUUAUGGCCUAAACAAAUAUAAAUAUCAAGUCAUUAAAUUAUAUAUAGUUAUAUGUUAUAUUACUAUUAUUUUUCUCUUUUUUUCAUCGAUUUAAACUCUAAAUCUAAAUCUAUAAUAAACAAAGCUAAAAGAAAAUAAUGUUUUUAAAUUAAAUCUAAAGAAAACAUUAUUUAUUUGAAACUUAAACCAUUAUUACUUUUAAAUGAAGAAUUAGAAGAAUUUCUAUAUAAUAUUUUUACCUUUCAAAUGGUUAAUUUUUAUUUUUAUCUGUAAACAUGAUUAUGGAAUAUGCAUGUUAUCGUACAAAUUAAGUUAUUGAUUUUAAAAACGGGUUGUUUAUUUAUUAUUAUUUUGUUGUUAUAUAUUGUUUAAUCAUGAUUUUACAAAUUAUAUUGUAUUUAUUAAUUAAAAAUAUAAUAAUCAAUGUCACUACUAAACACUACUUCCUAUGGCAAUGUGUAAAUAAGAGUUACAUUAAUUAAUAUGUAAAUGUGUUC